UCUAUGGCAAGACAUGGAAAGAUCUUAGAAAAAUAUGUUUUUGCAAUGCAAAUAGGAAUUUAUGAAUUAAUUCUAAUUUUGAGUCUACGUUGCCGAAAUACCGGUCUGGUACGAAACAUCCCAACCUCUAUCUGAAUCUCAAUCGAGCGCAAAAAUGUCACUGUCACACUGCGUUUGCGCCCCCACUUUCCACACACAUCACGUCGUCCAUAGCCAGAGACAUUUUUUUAGCAUCGAACUCUCCAAGACGGUGUGCCAAGAAAUAGUACGGCAACGUAUUCGCGCAAACCGACUCCACAUGAAAAAGCUGGUGUCUGAAAAUGUAAACUAGAUUGAACCGUUCAUCAACAUCCAGUGAAUACAACGUGCAGCUCGUUCCCCUUUCUACCGGAAGAAGUUUGUGCAAGUCGGUCCCACCAUAUUCCUUCGCACUCAGGUGUGGUGAUCGAUGCCAAGUGAAAACGUAGCUUUUCACGGGGACACUGUAGCGCGUCUCAGUUGGUGUCAAAGUGUUUUUCCCCAGUGGUCCGUGUGCGCAGGAUACCACCUCGGUAAAAGAUAGCCGAAUUGCAAGGAAGUGCCCACCGGUGGCGUACUGUGGGAUUAGGGUUCCGUUUACAGUUUCCAGAUUUAUCUUAAUAUCAGAGAAAUCGAGUGGGGAAACGGCAAGCAUAACGAGAGGACAGUGUGAAAUAUAUUCCUACUAUAAUCGCCGUGUGUGUAUUGUGCAUGUGUGUAUGUGUAAGCAACAGAACUUGGUGCAUUAGUAAGCAAAACAAACGACGAAAGAGUGUGCUUCCGGAAGGAAUAGCCAAAGUGGUAACAAAAGGCCACUUUGUCCCCAUUAAAACGGUGUUUAGGAAUCCGCUACAUUAGGCGCUUUAAUUUUUAAAACACUUUCCAACCGUGGAUCCGUGGAAGCUGGAGGUUACAGUGCCUACAAUUCUGCCAUGUCGGUGAAGAUUUGCUUCGAAAUUGGUCAUGUGGCCUCCGUCAAGAGUAGGCCAACGGCGGAAGGUUAUACGCACGACUGGGAAUUAUUUGUCCGCGGUUUAGAUGGUAACGAUAUUAGCCAUUUCGUGGACAAGGUUGUCUUCAAUCUGCACGAAUCCUUCCCGAAGCCGAAACGAGUUUUCAAAGAACCACCCUACCUGGUGAAGGAAGCCGGCUAUGCCGGUUUCAUACUGCCCGUGGAAAUUUACUUCAAAAACCGGGACGAUCCGAAAAAGACCGUGUACAACUAUGAUCUUGAUCUGACGCCGACUAAAAAUCAACGCGAAGAGUACGUGUUUCAUCAUCCGUCGGAUGAGUUUCGGCGAAAGUUGCUGAAGGGUGGCGGAUUAAUCAUAUCUGGUAGUACCGGUAGUGCCGGUAAUAGUGUCAGCAAUGAUUACAAAAGCAGCCGUGGCAGCGGUCACAGUGGUGGUAGUAGUGCCGGUACCGAACGACCGUCAAGCAGUAGCUCAUCGCAGGACAAAAAAUCGAAAUCGAAAACAUCCUCCUCGGUUGAUGAUACGAAGGGACAAUUUGCGGAACUGUUUGGUUCACCUUUCUCCCACAAAUCAAGUGGUAGCGUGGGUGGCGGCAGUGGCAGCAACAGCAAGGUAUCACCCGACCCGAAACAAUCGUCUACCAACAAAACGUCACCGGUUGGUAGCGGUAGCGGUAGUGGUAAAGCACAGUCUGGUCAGAAACUUUCGUCUGACGCUAGGACGACGCUUCCAAACUCUUCCACAUCAUCAUCAUCUAUGUCCGCUUCCUCGAAUUCCACAUCGAAGGAGAAAGACAAAUCAUCCUCAUCGAAGCACAAACACUCGAGCCCUAACAAGGAAGGCAAAAAAUCGUCCAACUCCGCAUCGUCGAUGACGGUUCCGAGCGGUAGUGGAGGACUAGUGGAGGAAAAGCAUACUAAAGAUAAGAAGGAUAAAAGUCAUUCGAAGGAACGCGAUAAAGGUGGAAGGGAUAAGAAUGCGAUCAACAGUAGUUCCGGUAGCAGCGGUGGUAACAGCAACGCGCACCCCCUCUCGGGAGCAGCAGUAAACUCGUCAGCAUCAAUGAAGCGGCCAGUAACAGCCAGUCCAAAGAGGUCCAGUACUAGCAGCACAAAUAGCAAUACUAGCCUAAGCAACAACAGUAGCAAUUCUACAGUUCCUAAUAGCAGUAGUGUAGCGUCUACCACUGGAUCCGGUCCGAGCGGUGGUCCAUCCGGAGGCAAAAGCUCUGACAGCAAGCGAAGCGCUAACGAGAAAGAGAAAAAGAGUAGCAAAAAGGAGAAGAAAAGCUACGAAAAGGAUAAGGAACGAACUGAUUCUUCCAAUCAGCGAAAAGCGGAUCGAAGCGGUGAACCCCAGCAAAAGAUCCAAGCAAACGCUGCGUUUGUUUCUGGCUCCGGAAUGUCGAAAGGAGAAGCACCAUCCGCACUGGGAAGCAGUGGGAAAUCAUCCUCUUCUGCUAAUUCUGGAAGCAAAAGUAGUUCCAACAAUGCUUCGCACGAAGCUGUCAAGGAUGGGUCAGCCGGCAAGGCAUCUAGCGCAUCAGCUCGUGAAUCUUUGAACGCUUCCAACUCUACUGCCAGCAAUGCCGGCUACUCGAAGGACAAAAAAAUCCAUCAAAAUUCUAGCGAUGCUGCCACAAAACCGGAUGCUGCUGGAAGUACCUUAACAACAACGGUGCCAUCUGUAAAGGCAUCCGAAAAGGUGGACAAGGAUCGGGAAAAGGACGAAGCACGAAAGCACAAGCACAAAAAGAAAGACAAAACGAAGGACAAAGAAAAGGAGCGAUCGUCCGUCGGUAAGGAUAAGAAGGAUAGAAAAGACAAGGACAAACCUUCCGGCGGGAUUGAUACUGGCUCCGGAAAGGGCAACUAUUUGACACCGACGCGCGAAAGUCUGGCCGGUGGAAUGGAUAGCAUCGCGACGGGAAAAAGUAAAUCGCACAGCACCGGAACUGAUUCGUCAGCGAAACCAACCGGACACGAUCGAGACAAAUCGUCGACUACGGGACAUCUUUUUUCCGGUGCAACCGGUGCCAGACUUACCGUACCACAGGUAGGGAAAUCGAGUACGCCAGUCCUCGAAACACCAGCCGGACAUGGUAGUGGUGAAGAGAAUUCAAAUGAUUCGGAUGCAGUGACCGGUGGUACCGGUGGUGGGGACAAUAGUCGCGCUCCGUCAACGUUGCCGACCGAGAAAGAUUCGGAAGCGUCCAACAGCAGUAUCGCUGAUCUACUGCCGGCCGGUGGUGGUUCAUCUUCGUCCCAUCAGCAAAGACCACCGUCAGCAACAUCGUCCGGUACUACUGGAUCAGGUAGCAGGAUGGCGGAAUCUGACUUAAAAUAUCAUCACCAUAAAGGCAAGAAGGAUAAACCAUCUAGAGCGCAGAGUGGUACCGCGGCCACUCCACCAGUCGAGCCGAAAGACGGUAGCUCCAGCGUUGGCGAACCGAUUAAACGAAGGAAGCGAAAAAAUAAGGACGCUGAUGUGGACAAAACAAAAGACACCGCCGCACCGGAGCUUGCGACUACAACAGGCUUUGCCAGGGAACGGCGCAGUCUCUCGCCACCGUCUCCACCUGCAUCGUCCAACAGUUUAAUGGAGCCACCGGCAAAGAUACCAAAGAAGGAGGAACAUCCGCAUCUUGCUUCGGGAGCAGCUGGCAAAGGCACGGCCCAUGAUACGCUAGAUAACACGCUGAACAAUAACAACAACAACAACAACUUCAAGCAAUCGAUCGCUGGUGGUGGUGGUUCUGCUCCGGAUGAUAAUGGCACCAGCUCGUGCCAUGGUGCGACGGGCAGUAAUCUUGGCGGAAGUGGGACCAGUGUCGGUAGUUCCGGAGCGGGCAAUAAUGCUACCAGCACCGUCUCGCUGACCGGUGAUUACAUGCUAGAACUGAAGGAUCUUCAGCAGAAAAUAAUGACGCUCCAGGACAACACGGAACUGCAGCGAGUAGUGGAGAUGAUAGCUGCCACAGGAUGUUAUGAGAUUACGAGUGCUACCUUUGAUUUCGAUCUUUGUGCGCUGGACCUUAUGACGGUGCGGCGGUUGCAGAACUUUUUCGCCACCUCUUGACAAUAGACAAAGGUUGAAAUGAGCGAGCAGCCGCAUUCCAUUGGAAUGCAUCAUUCAUAUGAAUAUCGUAUACAGUAGUCGGUGAUCUGCCAGCAAUGGAGCAACCGGCUUGAACUACUAUGUUGUAUACUGUACGAGCUUCUUUUUUUAUUAUUUGUCGGUGAAGAAAACAAAAUGGACUAAAAUGUGCUGUGUUCAUCGCUGGAAAGCAUCCGCUUCGCUGUUUCCACGAUACACGGCACUAAUUGGGCGUUGUCAGCAGUUGCGUGGUUUGCGUUGCCGUGAUUAUCGAAAGUUGUAGGUAGAUCAAUGUGUUUGCAUAUAGAGGUUCCGGUUUGUUUGUGGUAUCUCAAUUCGACGUCAUAGUAUCGGUCGGAAAUAUCGCUCCGUUAACUUGUUUUUAAACGACUGACCGUUAUUGAAUUUGGCAAACUGUGCACAUAACGCUUAGUUUAGAGCAGAAGUACCAUACCCUAAUCGACCGGAUUUGCUUAACACACGGAAAAGCGAAGAGAGGAAGAGAGAGAGAGAGGGAAGAGAUUUCAAUGUAGUACGCUGUGCACUUAGACACAAGCACUGAUCGGAAUCGCGUAUGUACCGGUUUCUUGUCAUUUAAGCAUUCAAGUUUCGUCUGACUGCCUCCCCCAAAAUACCCACAUAGGAUAGAGAAAACAAAUGUGCGAUGCCUGUAAGGAGAUAAGGAAAAUCGUUAGCAGUAUGCAAGACUACAGAAUGCUUGUUUAGGAUCCUGGAGGACUGAAGAAAGACCUUUUGCGUGUGCUGUAAAAUGUAUGUGAAUGAAUUGUAUUCGCCAUUUUUUGUUGUUGUAUGCGCAAUGUAGCAUUCCAUUGCUUAACGUACUUUUUUCAUUGUUUGUUGGUUUAACAAAAAUUGUAUAAAGUACAAAAGAUGUUGGUUUGUAAAACUUGCAAACCACGCGCAAACAAGCACUCUUACAAUCUCACAAUAGGACAGGAAUCACAGCCCAAAUCGACCAGGUGUACAGGAGAUAGAGUCCACAGAGACAACUGUUGAAAUAGUCCAGGUUCUAUGCAAUGUUUCAUGUACGAUAACUUUAAUUUGGUUAUUUUACUUUUACGAGUUGUUUUAAACUCGAUCAUUUUUAGGCAUAUUUUGUUUUUCUUUAAUUUUUUAUCCGACGUAUUUUGAUACGUUUACACAACUUUAAUCUUAACGGAACUGAACCAUUUGCUACGUUUCGUCACUCUACUGAUUCUGUUAAAAUGUUCCUCGCUAACCGAUCAUUUAAGCUACGACUUUAGUAUAGUACCCGGGAAAUGGGUAUAAUAGUAACAAUUGCGUAAAGUACACGAAUCAGUGAACGAUCGUUAAAAAGGAUCACUCUCUCAAGACUCACACAAACACACACACAGACAGGGUUGGUUGGCAGAUACGUCGGAAAAAUGAAUUAUUAGCAUGGAUAUAGACGGCAGGGAAGCAAGAGAAUGCAGGUUUUUGGGAAGAUGUUAGUAAUACGUAACUUAUUGAUGAAUAUCAUCGCGCAAUUUUCAAUCUCACAAAAUAGUAAUCCCAGUAGAAGAAGGUAAGGAGAUGUACGCAUACACGUAAUUGCCGUAUAGCCGUAAAGUACAGUGGAAUGUACAGAAUGCAGAAUGCGAAAGGAUCGUGUGGUUUUGUACUCAAAAGACAGCAAAAACACCACGGAAUGGGUGGGCUUUGUGUUAUAACUGAUAGUGUUAGAAACCUGCUAGUGGCUUAAGAGAGAAGAAAAAAAAACACACUCGAUGUUGCCAUUCGGGAAUUAAUUCGAUUUUGUAAUGUAAGCUAGAUAAUGUUUCGUUUUUGCAUUACGUUCUGUUUGCCACUAGUCUAUGGCCUUAGAAAUUCGAGCAAAUGGCCCUGUAAGGAUUGUAAUUGCAGGAAAGUGUUAUUACUGACAUGAGUGAAGUAUCGAUCGUUCUUUUUUACCCCAUUUUUUUAAAUUAUGUUACCAACAUAAUACAUUACCUAUUGUAUAGUUAGUUGUAAAAGGUUUAGGCCAGCAGCAGCCGACGCAGCAGCUUUUUUACUGCACUCUAGUAACGGUUUGUUUUACAUCAUCCACGUUUCGGUGCGUAAAUUACUAUUAACCCUGAGCAAACUCUGGCAAAAGCGAACGAACUGAAUACAUUGAACAUGAAACAAAAGAGCACACACGCGCGUAUUGUAAAUAGCGUACAUGCGUAAUAUAAAUUAUGAUACAGGAGUUAUUUCUAAUGAACGACCCGUGUUUGUGGGGUGGGAUGUGUGUACAUAUAUUAAUAAAUGAUUUGAACGUUAUCAACAUUACGCUGUAAGGACUGUAGCAUAAAGUAAUAAAGAUUAAUUACACAUAUUGUCACCAAC